AUGAAGAACCAAGCUCCGCCUCCCAACCUUGAGGCGAGAUAUAGCGGUAUCUCUCCACGCCUCGCGAAGAUUGCCCAGAACGCCAAAAAUAAGCUCUUUUCGAAUAAGACAGCCCCCGAAAGCGUGCCCCGCCGCCACGGUGUGCGCCUGCCUCCAGAUACGACUCGCGAAGCCUUCGACGAAGCCAUUGACGCCUUAAGGCAAGCUCUAGGGCCGGAAAACGUGAUCUUAAACGACAAGCCACUGGUUGAUGGUUGGUAUCUCGAACAUCCGAACACGCACGACGCGUUCCAUCUUGUCGACCAAGAGGAUCUCGUGUCCAGCGCUACCGCCUACCCUGCAUCGACCGCCGAGGUACAAGCCGUUGUGAGAUGGGCAAACGAAUUUGGAAUUCCAUUAUAUCCUAUUUCCAUGGGAAGGAAUGUUGGCUACGGUGGAACAGCUCCACGAGUGCCUGGCUCGGUCGUGGUAGACCUGGGCAAGCGGAUGAACAAGAUCCUGAACAUCGAUGCUGGGAAUGCAUCAUGUGUGGUAGAGCCAGGCGUCUCAUACUUCGCACUAUAUGAUGAGAUCCAGAAAAGAAAUUUGCCCUUCUGGAUCGAUUGUCCGGACCUCGGUGGUGGCAGUGUGCUGGGAAACGCUAUCGACCGUGGCGUGGGAUACACACCUAUGGGCGACCAUUUCGGCGCACAUUGCGGUAUGGAGGUUGUUCUUCCGAGCGGCGAUUUACUCCGAACAGGCAUGGGCGCACUGCCUGGCAAAGACGGCGCAGACAAUCCCACGUGGCAGUCCUUUCCAGCCGCAUACGGACCGUACUCGGACGGCAUCUUCUCCCAGAGCAACUUUGGUAUCGUGUGCCAGAUGGGAUUCCACCUCAUGCACGCAACCGGCCACCAAUCGUACAUGCUCACCUUCCCACGCGACGAAGACUUCCCCGACAUUGUCGAGAUCAUUCGGCCUCUGGCGCAGAAAAGCAUAUUGGGUAACAUACCGCAGCUACGCCACGUCGUACAGGAGCUGAACGUAACUGGACAGCCCAAAACCCACUGGUACUCUGGCUCAGGGCCUUUACCGCGCGAGGUGAUUCGCCAGCACGCCUCGCGAAUGCCUUGUGGCGACUGCGCCUGGGUCUUCUAUGGAACACAGUACGGCGAUGAAGCAGCCAUCAAGGCCCAGCUCGACAUCAUCGAUUCCGCCUUCUCUGCAAUCAAGGGCUACAAUUUCUUCCUCCCAUCGGACGUCCCGCCAGACCACUACCUCCACGACCGCGUCCUCGUCUGCUCCGGCGUUCCCGUCCUCCGGGAACUCGACUGGCUGAACUGGAAACCGAACGCCGCGCAUAUAUUCUUCUCCCCCAUUACCCCUACCCGUGGAAAGGACGCCAAAAUAGUGCACGAGAUCAACGUCCGCCUGCACGCGAAGCACGGCAUCGACCUCUUCCCUACGCUCUGCAUCGCCGGACGCGAAAUGCACUACAUCACUAACAUUAUCUAUGACCGCUCUUCCAACGACGAGAAACGUCGCGUCAACACCCUGAUGACUGAGCUGAUCGCCGAGACCGCGAGGGAGGGGUAUGGCGAGUAUAGAACGCAUCUGUUGUAUGCGGAUCAGGUUGCGAGGACGUACAACUGGAAUGACAAUGCGUUGAUGCGGUUCAAUGAGACGAUCAAGGAUGCACUGGAUCCUAACGGGAUCAUGGCUCCGGGGAGGAACGGUAUUUGGCCUAAGAAAUACAGAGGGAAAGGCUGGGAGUUGCUUGCGGGAGACGAUCGGAUUCAUAAAGCUAUCGGGGGAGGCAAGAGUGACGAGAUGGGCUCAACGGCAUACCAACCACUGCCAACGCCGCACAACCCGCCGUUGACAGCAAUCGUCAUCGGUGCUGGCUUGGGAGGAUGCGCUGCCGCGAUAGCGCUGCAUCAUCAUGGCCACGAUGUCCUUUGCGUCCUCGACAAAGUGCGCGCCUUCGGUCGCCUGGGCGACUCCCUAGGUCUCGGGCAAAAUGCUUUCGACCUCCUCUCGAAAUGGGGCUGUGACGUCGACGAAAUCAAGCGCAUAGGAAACCAAGCACCCGACAUGACGAUCCGCCGCUGGCAUGACGGGAAAGAACUCGCAACCCAGCCUCUCAUGGAUAUGGCGGGGUAUAUCGGACAUCGCGGGGAUUACCACGACGUUUUUCUUGAGUGGGUAGGGAGGAAAGGUAUCGAAAUCAGAAUGGGGAGUGAGGUCGUCGAUUUUGAGGAUAAGGACCCGCAACCCGUAAUAACGCUCAAAUCGGGUGAGCAGCUGAAAGCAGAUAUUGUUGUUGCUGCAGACGGAAUCAAGAGUCUUGCACGCCCGCUCGUGCUGGGUAGUAGAGAUGAUCCGGUGUCGUCGGGGUAUGCAUGUUUCCGGGCGUUCUUUAAGCCGACCGAGGAGCAACGGAGGGAUGAUAGGCUGAACAAGUACUUGCGAGAUGGUGAUUGCGUAAACUUCUGGAUCGGACCGGAUUUACACUUGGUGCAGAAUACGCUGAGGGGAGGGAAAGAGUUCAACUGGAUUCUGACGCACAAAGACGAUGGCGAUGUGCCUGAGAGCUGGUUCCAGGAGGGCGAUAUGGAUGAAGUACGGCGGCUUGUGGGGACGCUGGAUCCAGACAUCAGGGGCAUCGUCGAGGUGACGGAGAGGUGUCUCGAUUGGAAGAUAUGCUAUCGUGAGCCAUUGGGGAGCUGGGUGAGUCCGAAAAGCCAUAGGAUCGUGCUACUGGGGGAUAGUUGCCACGCGCAUUUGCCUACGAGUGCGCAGGGUGCAAGUCAGGCGGUGGAGAGUGCGGGGUGUUUAGCGGUUUGUCUGAACAAAGUCGAUAGAGAAGACGUGAAGAUCGCAACGAGGGCGUAUGAGAAGCUGAGAUUCCCGAGAACGAGGGCCAGUCAGACGAAUGGCGAAGAUUUGAGGGAUCGGUGGCAUGGGGCGCUGAAGGGUGUCGAAGAGGAUAAAGUCAUUGAUCCGGAGAGUGUGAAGAUCAGGAAUCGGUGGUUGUACGCUUUUGAUGCUGAGGAGGAUGCCGAGAAGAGGUGGGACGAGGUAAGACGGACGGUGGGAGGCGAGUUCGCGAACGGUGGCGUAAAGCCGCUGUGUUGA